AUGAACAUGACAUCCGUUAACGUUGGUUGUAAACAUGAAACUCGUUCUAUUCAAUAUCGAAGACGUAUUCCAUACAGUUUGGGAACAGAUCCUUUACUUUCUGUGAACCCUCUUUCCUUACAACCAUUAUCUCACGUGGAUACAGAGCGCCUAACGUCUCAGUUAAACGAGUUCUUCCAUAGGAUUGUUUUGGACGAAGAUGGCGUCCAAAAACGACAUUAUUUUGUACGCAAAUUGGAAUCCAUACUUCAAAAGAAAUGGCCUGAAAAAAAUAUAAAAGCAGUUCUUUUUGGUUCCACCGAGUCUUUGCUUGCAGAUAAGCACGCAGAUAUUGAUCUAUGUAUAUCGACUGAUUCAUCUCAACCGGCCCCUACCACUUGUGAAAUCUCUUCUGCUUUUGCUGAAAGCGGUUUGGAAAAGGUCGUUUGUAUAGCUUCAGCCAAGGUUCCAAUCGUCAAGGUUUGGGAUCGAGAACUAAAUCUAUCAUGUGAUUGUAAUAUAAACAAGACAAUUUCUGCCGUAAAUACCAAGUUAAUGCGGACGUAUAUACUCUCUGACCCUCGUGUCCGACCUCUAAUCGUGAUGAUUAAGUACUGGGCUAAAAAGAGGUGUCUAAAUGACGCCGCUGAAAAUGGUACGCUCACAUCCUAUACCAUCAGCUGUAUGGUUAUAAACUUUUUACAGCGACGAAGCCCUCCUAUUCUUCCUAGUUUGCAGAUGGUUCCUCAUUUGCAAACCAACUUCACUCGAAACGAAGACUUGGACGUUUCUUUCUGUGAUUCUCCUGAGCUUAUCCUUGGGUUCGGUGAUAGAAAUCACGAGUCUCUUGGUACCUUGUUUAUUGAGUUCUUUCGUUUUUUUGGUUAUCUUUUUGAUUAUGAUCACUCUGUAAUAUCUGUGCGUCAUGGUACAAUUUUAUCAAAACGUGCCAAGGGUUGGCAAUUCCAACUGAACAAUUGCUUGUGUGUUGAAGAGCCUUUUCGGAAUUCUCGAAACUUAGCGAAUACGGCGGAUGAUAUUACCGUCAAAGGGUUACAACUUGAAUUUCGUCGAGCUUUCCGUUAUCUUAGUCAUGAUGGUAACUUGGACGAUGUAUGUUCACAGUUUAUAUUUCCUCCUAUAGAAAAUUCAUUUUCUAUGGAGAGCUAUGUUCGUGAAUUGCUCGCUGAAACAAAUAGUCCACCACUGGGUCAUGACUCUAGCUUUCAAAACUCACCUCCGAACUUUUCUCAUAUGAAUUGGUUUUAUGAUUCUUUUACUUUUAUGCCCUCUCCUUUCGUUACAACAGCCAUACCAAACGCAGACAAUAACAAAUCUCUCCCUAUGAUACCUUGUACAUAUGUGGAUCCAUAUACCUAUGCUAAUUACAUGAAUAAUUCGAAUCACUUGCCUCCUUCUUAUCUUGACCUUUAUGGAUUAUAUGGCCGAAUAGGUUAUUCGCAUCAUAAUCGUUUCCAUGACGAGAAAGCAGACUGGAAUCGACGCGACACAAAGCAUUCCAAUCAUUUUCGCAGAAACAUUCGAAACCACAAGUCAAGAAAAAAGAACCAAGGUGAAUCAUUUAACUUUACUUCGGACGCUAUCCAUAUGUCAUCAAAGGAUGAUCGUAAUAUACCGUCAAAUCCCUCCAGUACUUCUCAUGCUCCUUCUCUUCAUCUUCAUAAACAGCCGAUCCUUCAAGCUAUCCCUGCUUUCAAAGGGUAA